AACACGACUUUAAACAACCAGCUCCCAUGUGCUCUCUCCUUUAUAUCCCACCACCCCUCUCUCUUUCUCUCUUCCAAUCAUACAUACAUACUCACUUCCUCUAUAUCUAUCUAUAUUCAUUCUUAUUACAAUCACUCUCAAUCCUUUCAACAAGGAAAGUUAUUGUCGUCAACGAGGUCAAAUUCUGUUAAUCUCUAACUGAUCCGAUCCAAAAUCCAACAAACAAAACGGUUUUCUGUUGAUGACGACGUCACCGGCGGUACCGACCACCCCGGUAACAGACAGCACGGACAGAACACGUGAUUCGUCAAGAAGGAGUCGAAAGAAGAAAACCCUGAUUCAAUCCGACGAUAUCGAAAAAUACCGUAGUAUCCGAGACUGGUUAGCAGAUGAUAAUCAGACUACAGAGUGGAAAUCUGAGCAACAACAACAAGUUUACCGCUCAAAACUCCUGAGAGCUCUCCGUCGGCUCGAGAGUCCAGGAAGGUCCGGUUCUGGUGCUGGCACCAGAACCGGAGCUACUGUCCGUGAGACAGCUGACCGAGUCCUUGCUGUAACAGCAAAAGGAAGGACUCGGUGGAGCCGUGCUAUUCUCAUGAAUAAAUUCAAACUAAAACUUUUGAACAAUAGCCGGAGGCAGAGAGGUUUGGUUGUUACUCCAACCGGCAAUAGCCGGUUGAAGAAACCGAAAGUGCAUAUAUUGAAGUUGAAGAAGUUGAAGAUGAAGAAGUUGGUGGUGGUGAAAAAGAGCAACUUGCUUGAUGUGCAAAGGAGAGCACGAGUUCUUGGAGGAUUGGUCCCGGGUUGCGAAAAACAAUCGUUGCCGGUUGUGUUGAAAGAAGCUACCGAUUAUAUACCGGCUCUUGAGAUGCAGGUUAAAGCCAUGGCUGCUCUUGUUGAACUUUUAUCCGGUGGUUCCGGUUCGGGUUUGAUUGCAGGAGAUGGUAAUUUAGGUCCGCUCAGUUUGAGUCGACCACCACCGGGCUGAUAUUGUUGCACUACAUGUCUAUUGUUUUGUGUCUUUGGUUUUAUUGUCAAGUUCACCAUUGUUAAAAUACAUUCUCUUAUAUUUGUUAUUUUGCCUUUUAAUUUUCUAGUAUAUAAUUGAACCAUCCAAAACUCAUUAUUGUCAAGAAAAUAUUGGUGUGUUUACAACAAUAAAUAAUGUGAAAAACAACUCAUUGUUUUU